AUGCUGCCCAGCCCAUCGUCUUCGCCCGCCGCGCCUCAUCGCGGGCAGAGAGAAACCCUCCACAAUCAAACAAAUACCUACGCAUGCUCAACGCCCACCUCAAAAAGGCAGAUCAAAGCCGACUUCUCUCUUCCUACACCACCGAAAUUUGAAGACGCGUCGAAACGCGUUCGAAGCUCAGAUGGACCUUCUAGUAGAAAGCGCAUCAGGCUUUCUUUACAUACAGAUGCUCUAUCAGGAGAGUCAGAGGACGAGAGCGAGGACGGGGACGUAAAAAUGGAAGGCAUCGAGAUGCUUCGCUUUCGCGCGAGGACGAGCGUGUCAUAUUGUCGCAACUGGCAAACUAGAAUCUCAGGCCACACAUUUGGACGAGGUCUCCCCCAACCUAAUACGCGUCAAAUUCUCAGGUCCUUUGUGUCAUCUAGCAAGGCGGACCUCUUCAAAUGCGAGGCUAGGGAAACGGGCUACGCGUUAACCAUUCCGUACGGCUGCGCCUAUUCACAUGGUGCUAAGCACGGCGGCGAACCUCUUCUGGCUGUGUCAACUGAGGCCGGCUCUGUACACAUUCUCAAUACCAGAAAUCGAAGUGAUUGGGAAUCAGAGUCUUCUCGGACGACCAUUCACGCGCACCAAAAUGGUAUCUUUGACGUCAAGUGGAAUAAACUUGACACACUACUUGCAACGGCCUCCGGCGAUCAAUCGACGCGUAUCCUCUGCCCGCGCACUUCGUCGUGCUUGCAUACCCUUCUUGGGCACUCUAGCACCGUCAAGUGCGUCGCAUGGGACCCCAUUCAUCAAGACCUUCUUAGUACUGGCGGAAGGGAUGGGUCAAUUUGUCUCUGGGAUCUCCGUGUUGCAGAAUCCCGGAAUGGGGAUAUUCUCGCUCCCAUUUUCAAGAUCGACAAUGCUCAGAGGGAUGCGAACGAGCGAAAGGCAAGGGGUCGCAAGCCUAAAAUGCAACCAAUACUUCCUAGCAUUACAAGCAUUUUGUAUCCAGAGUCGGAACCUUACCAGCUGAUCAGUAGUGGAUCUGCGGAAGGGAAACUGAAAUCUUGGGAUCUUCGACAAUGCCAUGCAUCCGAUUCAAAGCACCCUCCGAUGCAAUACCUUUGCUCCUCUCCGUCUGACCCUACGACAUCACACGGCUCAAGUCGAUCAAGAGGCAUCACCAGCAUUGCUGAAGGACAUGGCCCUUCCGCCGGGAUUAUCUUCGCUGUGGGGACCGACUCACGCAUCCACACUUAUACACUGCCAUCCUUGACACCGCAACUCACCAACUACACGAAAGAGACGAUGUCAACAACCUCUUUCUACAUCCGAACGGCGAUAUCGCCCUGUGGUCGGUGGCUUGCCUGCGGUGGCACUGGUCCAAAGGGUAAAGCUUUUCUUUACGAUGUUGGCAAUGCCGCACGACCUUCGCAAUCACAAUCGCCCGUCGAGGGCGUGGAGUUGACGGGACAACUCGGCGAAGUGGGUGCAGUUGAUUGGGCGGAAGAUAUGUUAGCUACGUGCGCAGACGACGGUACAGUUAGAGUAUGGCGUGCCAACGUAGAGGUUGAGCGUCAGUGCAGAGAGCAGCCAGAAGACAAGCGCUGGGAUUGGUGUUGGGCGGAAUGA